UCCGGCGCCGUCCGCCUCGUCAAGCCGCAGAUGCUGGCCAACAAGCUGCAGGCCAAGGCCUCCGUGGAAGAAGGUUUCAAGGAGAUCAUCGACGGGAUGUCCUUCUCGCCCCGGGAGAUGCAGGCCCUGGACGAGAGCGUCGCCAUGCUCAAGAAGAGGCUCCACACACCCUACGCGGUCGCUUACCCGGAGUCCAUGGAGGAAGAAGCAAUAAUCUCUGAGGUGCAGUCUCAACGGGUGUCGUGGGCUAUGGGUCUCAUGGGGCUGGAGGUUAAGAAGAAGGUGCUGGAAGCGCAGGCACCGAAGGCACCGGAGACGUUCCAUGGCCUGCUUGCCGAUGCGCUGGAGACGCCUUCAUUCAAGGGCGCUGGGAGCACAGACUACAAGUUCAUCACCCAUUCUUGGCAGCUCGAGCUAGAUGACAUGGAGUAAAACCAUUGAGUUACUAGGAGUACUAGCUAGCUACUAUAUGCUUUGCUCCAAUUUCUGGUAGACUCUGCUGCCAUUUUUGCGGCCAAACCAUCUAUCUAUCUUGGGCCAGGAGUUAGUUGGAUAUGUAGGUUGGGUAAUGACUAAUGAGAAUACGUUUCCCGUC